GAACAUAUAAAUGCUGCAGAUUAAGUCUUCUUCCUGAAUCAUCGUACAACACACGCGAAACAUGAACACUCAUAAGUUUGUCCUGUGUGUGGCUUUCUCUCUUUUAAGUCCAGUUCUCACAGAUGAAGACUUUUACCAAGUAAGAGCAUGCUGUACAUUCAAAGGGUCACACUUUGAAGAAACCGAGUACAUAUUAACUAGUUUUUUUAAUAAGAACUUGAUGAUGGAGUACAACAGCACAAGAGGCAACUGGAUGGGAUUCACAGCGUAUUCAAUUGAAGCAGCAAAAUGGUGGAACAGGGAUCUCUUUGAUGCAUUAACAAGAAAGAUCGAAAGGAAACUGUUGUGUACGGACAUGUUAGAUGCCAUCCAAUCCGUAGAUAAUCUGACAACUAUACCCACCGUCAAACUAAAAUCCUUGAAAAGGCCUAAUGGCGAGCACACAUCUACGCUUGUGUGCAGUGCCUACAACUUUUAUCCAAAACAAAUCAGAAUGAGGUGGAUGAGGAACGGCAAGGAGGUGACCACAGAUGUCAAUUACUCUGACGUGAUGCCUAAUGGUGACUGGUGCUACCAGACUCAUUCUCACCUGAAGUACAUCCCAACUUCAGCAGAAAAAAUUGCCUGCAUGGUCGAACACCUUGGUCUCUCCGAGCCGAUGUUUGUGGUCUGGGACCCCUCCCUCCCAGUGGAACAACAAACUCAGAUAGCUGUUGGACUGUGUGGACUGGUGAUUGGAUUUGUUAUUGCAAUAUCUGGAAUCAUCUACUACAUCACUGUGCGUCAAAGACAAGUGUUCAUUCCUGUGGAAUCGCCUCCUGAAGCUGGAGCAACUUAACAGCCUGAGCAAACACUAUUAAUACGGGCACGCUCCAUCCAAGGUGCCCCAAAUAUCACAGCUCUCUGAAUAAUGAUGUCUGUUGUGGGUGUUUGGGGCUUUGCAUCUUUUACCCUACAGGACAGAGGAUACAUUUGUAAUGUAGUUAAUACUCUUAUACAGUAUAGUAAUAUAUUUUAUAGAAAAAUGAUUACACUGUAUCUACUGGCAUUAACCCCCAUUAAGCAGUAAACCCUGUGAGUUAACCAGUGGUGAAAGUGGAAAAGUAGAAAAACCCUGGCACAAUAUGAUGGUUCAAAAGCUACCCACAGUGUGCACACCCACAUGGUACCUUCCUAGCAAUUAAGUAAGAGACUGAUUAUUUCAAACUAUAUAGAACCAACUAACAUUUUGUUUAUUAAUCUGAAUACCCUUAAAAUUUUAUGAUUUAUUUGAAUAUACAGUGGCUCAGAUCAUGUAUAAAGCACAAAAUAACUUGCUUUGCGUCAGCACUCAGAAGCUGUUUAAAGUCAGAGAGAGUCAAUAUGACUCAAGGGGAACAUGUUUCUUUAAAAAAAAAAAUAAGAUAAGGACAAACAUAAAGCAGAGAUGUGUUUCUGUCAGAGGAGUUAACUUGUGGAAUAGUUAUGACAGUGAUUUAAAAAAGGUGUAGUUCAUUUUCCUUGUUUAAAAACAUGUUUAAAAAUAGAGUAUUAGAAAAAUAUAUAAAUCAAGAAUGA